ACUGAAGGAACUGAGACAACGACAGAAGUCUACUCUUCAAUCUCUACCAUAGAAGACGAUGGAACGGUGGUAUCAGAAGGUAUCACUUCAGCGAAGUAUACAACCGAAUCAACACCCCUAUCAUCAUCGUCUGGAACUGGAACUAAGGAGCCCAUAACUGCCACAGCAACUGAAGUAACAACAGCGGAACGCAUUCAAGCGUCAACCACAUCUGAACAGAUUGAAAGCUCCACAUCGACUGAAACGACCUCUGCGAUCACAGCAUCAGGUGUUCCUUCAGUAACUGCAAUCAAUAAAAAAGAGAUUGAAGGUAAAAUUGUGCCACCAACCGAUCAGGAAGUAUCAUACGAAGGAAACGCACGCACUGGGACAGUCGGGCCACCGGGUACUGCACCCGCAUCUGAAUCAGAAUUGACCGGAAGCGAUUCAAGGAAACCGACAGGAGAUCUCUCGAGCGAAGCGUCAUCUACGGUACCUUCUGUCAUUCCUUCAACUGAAACACCGCACAAAGGCGAACAAACAUCAAAAGUUGUUGAAGAUAAAUUCAAAGGAUCUACUACUCUUAGAAAAGGUGGUAUUGUGCAUGUUGAAGGAGAAAAGUUGUCUGGUGGCAAAAAAAUCGUCAGCGAGACAGAAGAGGUUGAACAUCAUGAGGAGAUCUCAAGUUCUGGAGUUGAAGUUGAAAAGACAGGAGAAAAGUCUUCUGGUGGCAGAACGAUCGUCAUCAAGACAGGAGGGGUUGAACAUCACGAGAAGGUCCUCAGUUCUGGAGCUGAAGGUAAAAAGACAUCUGUUGAAGGUGGUAGCGCUACAAGGGUUUCAAAGACAAACGUGACUGAUAGAGUUGAGGAGGAAGGUGAACGAAAUGUUGUGAAAAUCUCGUUUGAAAAGCCAAAAACAAAAUCUUUAGGGGAAGGAGGUGGUGAAUCAAUGAUGAAUGCAAAGAUUCACGAAAGGUUACAUUCUGAGAAAGGUGUCGCAAAAACAAAUGGUCAAGUGGAAAGUGGUACAGGAGGUCAAGAGACUCAAAUUGGAAUCAGUAUCGGGAAGGUACCUGGUGAAAAAAAUGGAAGUACUGCAGGCAUAAAAGGAUCUGAUAAAGUCUUUGCCAGCGGUACUGAAAAAGAGAGUGGCGGAGUUGUAGAUAUAGAAUCUAGUGGAUAUGAAAGCGGUAUUCAAUCUAGCGAGUCUACGAAAAUUGCUAUUAGUGAAUCGGAAACUUUGAAAGUUGGAUCUGACAAAUUUACUGAGUCUGACAAAAUCAGAUUCAGUGAAUCCGAGAUAGACACCUCUGGAGGAUAUAGCGGUGCAGCAUCUGAAGAGUCUGAUAAAAAAACAGCGAUCGAAUCUGAGAAAACUAGAACCGAAGGUCACGGAAGCGAGAAAACUGAAGGAUCCGGAAAGACUAUAAUAGGGGGAACCGGAAGCAGAGUUACGAGUGAUCAUGAAGAGACAAAAACUGCAAAGUCUGGUCAGAUUCAAAGCAUAUCUGGCGGAUCUGAGAAGGUGAAUAUUGGUGAAUUUGAAAGAACAGAAACCGCAGAAACCGGAAUAAUAAAAACGAGCGAGUCUGAGAAGGUCGAUGCUGGUGAAUUGGGAGGAUGGAAAAGUGAGGAGUCUAAUACGAGAAAAUCCAACGGAUCUAAGAAGACUGAGGUUGGCGGGCUUGAAAGUGUCAAAGCUAAAGAAUCUGAUAAGCAUCGAACCAGCACAUCGGGAAAGAGCACAUCGAGCGGAUAUGAGUUUGUAGAAGGUGGUAGCAAACUAACGCAGGUGGUGUCAUCAUCGAGCGAAAGCUACUCUACAAAAGGAAGACUAUUAUCCCCGAGUUAUCAAACACAUUUCAUCCAGAGAUGUACUGCAAAUGACGAUUCACCAUGUCAUGAUUAUGCGGAAUGUGAUAUCGAAAGUGGUCUGUGCGCUUGUAAGGCUGGCUAUUAUGGUGAUGGAUAUUCAACUUGCACAAGGAUCGACCAAGACUGCAUAUUGGAUCCGGACAUAUGUGAUACGACAGCAGUAUGCAAUUUAACGACGCAUCGAUGUAGAUGCAUUCAUGGUUUUAUUGGUGAUGGUCUCACUUGUGUACCUGACGUUCAAGAUUGUGUAUUACGACCGAAUCUGUGCAGUGAUUUUGCGUCAUGCAUUCAACGACGUUGUGUUUGUGAUGAGGGAUAUACUGGUGAUGGUACCUCAUGUGUGUCGCUUGAACCUAUCCGAGGUUGUUCGCGUUGUGAUAUCAGAGCCGAUUGCAUCAACGGUACCUGUGAAUGCGCAAAGACAUACUUCGGCAAUGGUGAAACGUGCAUCCCUGAUCCAUCCGACUGUGUGCAUUACCCUGGACUAUGUCGCCGUAAUUCGAACUGCGAUGAAGAUUCACGUAGAUGCAAAUGUCUUCAAGGGUUCCUUGGGGAUGGCAGCAAUUGUGUGUAUCAGAAAAACUGUACGGAUGAUAGAAAAAUAUGUGAUGGUGAUGCUGAAUGUUUACCGUCUGGAGUGUGUCAAUGCAAACGAGGUUUUACAGGAAAUGGAAUUUCUUGUCAUGCAGCUGUCUUGAUAAAUGCUGACGAAGUAAUGAAACAGCCAAAAGAUCAUCCGAUGGAUGAAUGUGGAAGAGGUUGUGAUGAGAAUGAAAAAUGCGCAUCUGGAAAAUGUGAAUGUGAAGAUGGUUAUGAACGCAACGAGGCCGGUCAAUGCAUCGUUCUGUCUAAUAGAUUCAUCCGUAUUGCAGAUGCUGAUGAAUGCAGUGUGCCGAAUGGUUGCCAUCCGGUAGCUAUUUGCACCAAUCUGCCUGGUUCAUACGUCUGCGAUUGUCCCGAUGGAUAUAAGGGCGAUGGAUACAGUUGUGUGCAAUAUCAUUACGUGAACAAUAUGACCGGUAUCUUCAUGUUCAGUUAUUCAAAUUUUCGGCAUGAUGAGGAGCAUUUUGAUUGUGGCUACGAUGGAAUCGAGCUGAUAUUGAGUAAAGACAGUGAUCUAUUCGAUGGGCGAAUAUUUGUUCGUGGACAAACCGAGAAUCCAUACUGUUCGAAGAGACUGAAUGCAGUAGCACACAACGAAUCUGAUUAUCGUUUCUUGAUACCCUUCGGCCACUGUAACGUGCGAUUUGAAAUACCGGAUACUUUCUCAGUGACGGUGGUGAUCCAGAGACAUCCAGCGUUUAUAACGCAAACUGCAGAUGCAUAUGAUUUACGGUGCACUUAUCCAGUUGGAAGUCGACAAGUGAUGAGUCAUGUGAAUGUCUCUGAAAUGACAACUGCCGAUACGAUCGUUAAAACCGGAGUUGGUCCAAUUUGUCAUCUGAAAGUAACAAACAACGAAAAUGAACUUAUUGAUACGGCCACUGUUGGACAAGUCUUAAGGCUAACACUUUCUGUGCAACCGAAUGAUACAUAUUCGAUUCUACCACGAAAUUGUUUCGCAAUAAACUUGGAAACAGGCGAACGUUAUUCUCUGACAGAUCAAGCUGGAUGUGCAAUCGACACACAACUCUUCCCCGAAUGGCUUCAUAAACAACCGUCCAUAACAACAGCCACAUUCCGAACAUUCAAAUGGCCCGACAGUUCAAUGAUACGUUUUCAGUGCGAUUGCUCUGCGUGCAUUGGUACAUGCCCUAAGAUAAACUGUGAGCGGAGGAGAGAAGCAAUGCGACGUCGUCGUAUGAGAUUGCGAUAUAUUCGUGGCACAACGAGUGAGGAGGAAUUGUUGGAUGAGCUCGAUGAUCAACUAAGGACAAGUCUAGUUGCAUCAAAACAUCAAAUGACAUUCUCAGAUGCAGUUCACGUCGAUGAAGAUGAAGAGGAACGACGGGCACAGCGAGAGGUGGACAACUGGAAGUAUCAAGGUCUCGUAUCAAUGGAACCUGUGGGCAACAAUCUAUUCGAGAGUCAAAUUUGUGUUCGAGCGCUAUGGGUUGGAAUAUCAUUAUUACCUUUAAUGCUAGCGAUUGCAUUGUUGGGUGUAUUGUCAAUACUGUGGAAGCGAAGGUCCUCAUCGAGAGUCAGUCAAAAGGCUGAUUUCAAUGAGCAAGCCAUCUCUACGAACAAUCAAAUGCUUGACAACUCUUCAUCCUACAUCAAGUUUUAA